AUGGGUCAGUCAGAGUCUUAUGAGAAGGAGCUGGAGCUCUCUGAAAUUCAAAGUCUGUACAAGUCUUUUAUUAUGGAGUGUCCAAGUGGGUCACUAUACCUGCAUGAAUUCAAGAAGAUUUUUGGAGUUAAAAGUGGACCGAAUCCUGCAUCCAUAUAUUUGGAUAAUGUGUUCAGAUCAUUCGACGAGAAUGGGGACAACACACUGGAUUUUAUUGAAUAUGUGGCAGCUCUACACCUUGUGCUCCGAGGGAAGCUAGAAGACAAACUCCGAUGGUCCUUUAAAGUUUUCGACAAUGACGGCAAUGGACGACUGGACGGAGAUGAGAUAGCACGCAUCAUAAGGAUCAUUUACAAGAUCAAACUAGGCAAUGUUACAGAUGAAAAGGGAAACAGCCUUUCCGUGGAAGAAGUAUGUAACCGGGUAAUUGAGCGCAUCGAUCAGAAUAAUGACGGUGACAUUUCUCUGGAGGAGUUUCUGGAGGGUGCUCAGAGUGACCCCUGGGUCAAAGACUUCCUCAGCCUGGACGCAAAUCCCAGCGGUUGGAUACAAAAUCAACAGGUCAAGGAGGCCAGUGAGACAUAA